CUACUCUAGUAGACAAUCAGCUGAUUUAAAUGUGAAGUUUUGCAAGUAUGCAAAAUUAUUUUACCGGUUUCCUUAAUUAAACUGAAAAAUUGUGCGAGGCACAAAAAUGGAAGCAGGAAAUGUUGCGCAUAGCCUGGAAGGUAAAGUCCGAACAGAGGACAUAAAACUUAAGGAACUGGCCCCGUUUAGCAAAAUGUUGCUGUCAGAAUCAGUACGCAAAGGGUUGCAGAAAACAGGAUUUGUAUACCCUACAGCUAUUCAGGCCAUGUCGAUUCCAAUGGGAAAGUCGGGACUAGAUCUACUUGUACAAUCGAAAUCAGGAACCGGAAAAACUUUAAUAUUUUGCACGAUAAUUCUAGAAGCUUACCGAAUGGAUUUGCUAGAGCCCCAAUCAUUGAUUGUAGUACCUACGAGGGAGAUCGCCAUACAAAUCGAAAUGGUGCUAAAUCAAAUUGGGAGUUGCUGCAGCAAUUUCCGUGCUGUGAGUGUAAUUGGAGGUCUAGAUGUCGCUGAGGAUAGAAAGCGUUUACAAAGUGCCAAAGCUGUUGUGGGCACUCCAGGACGAUUACUUCAUUUAAUCCAAAACAACGUGCUUAAUACCUCAAAGAUGCGAUUGUUAGUGCUGGAUGAGGCAGAUAAAAUGUACACCCAAUCUUUUCGACAAGAUCUGCGUCGUAUACAAAAUGCUUUGCCGGCAAAAAAGCAAACUAUUGCAUGUAGUGCAACAUUUUGUGACGGCUUAGAUAAAGAGUUGGCGAAGAUAAUGCGUAAUCCUCUACUAAUUUCAACUGAGGAAAGAGCUACGCUAUUAGUUGGAAUUAAACAAUUCGCCUAUGAAAUCCCGGAACAAAAAACGAGUAUAUUAGAAAUGCAGUCAAAACUAGAAGGCCUUCGGGUUAUUUUUGGACGUGUAGCAUUUAAGCAGUGUUUGAUAUUUGCUGGCUCCCAAUCGCGCGCCAACUCCUACUGCAACUAUUUGGAAAAAGAAGGUUGGCCUUGCGAACUUAUUUCUGGCGCUCAGGAUCAGAAAACUCGACUCGCAAUGUUUCAUAAAUUUCGAGAAUUCAAAUCGAGAAUUAUUAUAACAACCGAUCUUAUGUCCCGGGGGGUUGAUUCCGAGCAUGUUAACCUGGUUAUCAAUUUGGAACUACCGAAUGACAUGGUAACUUAUUUGCAUCGUAUUGGACGGGCAGGACGUUUUGGUUCGCAUGGCAUUGCUAUUAAUUUCGUUGCUUCUGAGAAAGACCGUUGCACAUUAACACGUCUUAUAUCGCGUAUUGGUAAUGGUAUGAAUGUUCUAAAAUUUCCACAAAGACAAAUUGCUCAAACUGAGCAGGAGUAUGACAUUUGGGAUUUUUCAAAUUUGGAAAAAGAUCAAAACUACUUUGGCCAAUUUGGAUGUGAGCCUUUAGCACCUUUAGCAUCUCAGGACCACAGUUCCUUUUCAGAUACACAAGAGAAUAAAGAGAAUCAAACUGAUAAUUUUAUUAACACAAGUUCAUCAAUUGAUACAAAUACUUUUCGCGUAGACUCCAAAGAUAGUGCACUAAAUAUACAGGAAAAUCUUUUAGAACGACCUGAAUGUAACCAUCUAAUACUCUCCCCUUCACAUAAGCUUACCAUAGACUCACGCCAGGGUUCUUCACAGCAACUCCCUUCUUCGAAUACCAUUGAUGAUGCUAGUAGCAUUGCCGCAGACAGUCUUCGUAGUAGCCAACAAGAUAUUUCUCGAUACCAAUCUGUGCUAAUGCAAAAAGCGGCUAUUCCUACACUAUUCGAAUUCCUAGUCGAUCCUAAUAGCUGUGAAAGUCAAAUGGAUGCUAAAGAAGGCGAAGCUAAAAAGAAACCGCCAAUAGAUUUGUUUGAUGACUAUAAAAAAGCAGUUCUUACGAAUUCUGAUAAUUCAUUGAAAGAGACUGAAGAAACUGGAUUAGAAUCACACAUAUCUAACAAGAUAACUGCUUAUAAGUCUAUGCUUAUCGACCAGCCAGUCCAAAAUAACUUAGCAGAGAAUAAACAUGAUAUAUAUUCUGACUAUGCCAAUUUCAAUGCUGAGGAAUAUUCCAGCAGCCUGAGCCAAGAAACUGGUUCCAACGAGAUUGAUAAAGGAACUUUUAUUCUUUCGGUUGCAACGCCUUCAAGAAUGCAGGAUUCUAUUGAAGAGUUCGUCAAUACUACGGAAACAGCUAGUGACUUGAAAAAUUCACAAUCUAUAUCAGAGAGUUUAGAAGUUUCUGAAGUAAAGCACUUUACUUCACCAGCUCAUAAUCAACCAAACAAUACAAUACCUGAUGUUGUUCCCCCUUGUCAACGUAUGUCGUAUAAUCUUAAACACAUUCAUAAUUUAACAGUAAAUGUAGGUGCCCAGAUUGAAAUUCCGCCACAUCAACAAUCGCAUUCUGACUCACCUGCUCUAAACGAUUCCGUUUUACGUUCCCGUGAGGAAGAUCCGUCCCCUACGAUUAGUGCCAGUAAUUCCUUGAAUUCUCGAUCGAAUUCGGAGCGUGGAGGAAGCAGUGGCUUCAAUGAACGCAAUACCACUAGCGCUUCUUCUGGCAUUGUAACAUCUGAUACCGAGCCUGAACGUUACGUUCAAAAUGGAUAUUAUUCGUCCUCAGAAACUGGAACCGGGUCCAGCUAUGAAGUCGAUCCGGAAUUAUUAUUUCCCUAUCCAGAUUCAAGUAAGGAAUCUGGAGGGGACGAUGAAGAUGAAGAAAACGACGUCGAAAUUGAAGGGGAAGAUGAAUAUGAAGAAAACGACGACGACAUUGAAGACGAGUAUAAGGAUGAGGAAAACGACGAUGAAAUUGAAGAGGAAGAUGAAAUGGGAAAUGAUGAAGAAGUGGAAGAUGAAGAGUAUGAUCAAGAUGAAGUUGAAGAAAAUUAUGAAGAAGAAAAUGACCGCGAAAGUAAUAGCAAGACGGCAGAAAUUGAUUCUGAAGUCGCAACAUCGACCAAGAAAAGAACAGAAGAUAGCGUUUCAAAAGGAAAAGAUAGCGCGGAAGGAACUAACAAGACAAAACAUUCUAAAACACAAGGGGGAAAGAAUUCUUCAGAAAAAGCUAAAGAAACUCAAAAUGACACCCAAUGGUCUCAGUAUAAUUUUUAUGGUAGUGAGUAUGAAGCGGCACAUGCUCUAUGGAUGGAAAUAUACUGGACACAACUGCGGCAAAUACAAGAAUACGUGCAAAUGACACGUGAUGUGGGAAAGUCAGAGGAUAAAAAGUAAAUAUGUAACUGCGCGUAAAUGAUACAAUCAUACAUGUUUGAAUGUAUGUAAAAUGUGAAUUUAUUAAUUAAUUUAAUUUAUUGUUUAACUCAUACAAAGAAUUUCAUAAAAUGAAUUUGAAGUUUUUCCGAAAUACGUAUUAAAAUGAACAGAAGUACCGUUAAAAUUAUAUUCGUGUUUCUCUUGAAUCUUA